GGACCCAUAGAACUGGUCGUAAACUUCUUCACUCCUAUCGAUCCGACAGAUCUCAAGCGUCUGUCACUUCCGGCCUCUUAUAUAUCAAUGAGCGCCCGAUCUGUGGAUCAGAAGACACAUGAAGUUCAGGUAUAUCUCGAUAUGACUGGAGAAUGGGUUACCAGUGAUGACCAUGUUGUUGAAUGGGAUGUAUGCGAAGUGAAGGGCAAAUCAAAUCUAAUUAAUGAAUUACCCGAAUGGGGAACCAUUAAGUUCUUCACCGACUCGACCGCCACUUAUGAGGCAAAUGGUUGUGAUACUGUAAUGCGCCCAAAGUUUAUCAAAACUGGUAAACUUGACAAUACUGUACACAGAAAUUAUCGUAAAGCGUCAGACAAUUGGCCGGGCAUUGGGUUCGCGCGGACACUAACCGCCGGCGCCAUUCAUACGGCGGCAAACACUGUGUAUUACGGCGUCGCUCACGUCAGACGACCGGCCAUUGAGUACACGGACUCACAUCUGAACCAAUUAUGGGAAAGUUAUUUCAAUGGAGACGACAAACAGAUGAUUGACUUCUUCUAUGAGGACAGAAAAGACGCCCUCCGGAGGGCCACAGCUUUGGACACACGUAUUGUGACCGACGCUCAGGCGGUCGGCGGCGAGAGUUAUGUUAAAGUAGUGUCGGCAGCGCUCAGACAGGCGUACGGAAUGGUAGAAAUGGUUGGUACAGUUGACAAGCCGUGGAUGAUGUUGAACCAUGGUAAGUGUCAGACCGUGGAUGGUAUUUACCCCCACUUUUCUGUUCAGCUAUAUCUAAAUCCAACGCUUUUGCGAUACCUUUUGGAGCCAUUGCUUGACUAUCAAGAGAGGGGUUUAUUUCCAAAGAAGUAUUGUUUGCAUGAUUUGGGAACAUAUCCCAAAUGCAAUGGACAGGUGGGACACGAUAUUGAUAUGGAGGUGGAGGAGAGCGCCAAUAUGUUGAUCAUGAUGUCAGCCUAUGUCAGGGCAACCAAUGACACAAAGUUUGCCAAAACGCAUUACAAGAUUGGCAAACAGUGGACACAGUAUUUGAUCGAUCACGGGUUGAUCACAGGAAACGCUUUGACAACCGACGCCUAUUUGGGCAGAAUUACAAAUUCAACAAACCUUUCGGUCAAAGCUAUUGUAGGCAUCGGAGCGAUGGCACAGUUGGCUGAAGUGACCGGUAAUGAGGCGGACAAACAACAGUACAGACAAAUCGCAGAGAACUAUAUCACAGAAUGGAUUGGUUUAAGUAAAGAUCCGUCCAAUAAAUACUUAAAAAUGAGUUAUAAUACACCCAACAAGUGGUUUAUGAUCUAUAACUUGUUUACUGAUGUUCUGUUGAACACCAAAUUAGUACCCGAAUCGAUCUACGAACAACAGGACGAGUGGUACCAACAGGUGAUGGACUUCUAUGGCCUGCCAUUAAAGAGUGAUAGUCAGGAAACACUGAUUGAGUGGAUUAUGUUAACGGCGGCCGCGUCUGCGAACUCGACGUUACGGCAAUCAUUGUUCGAUCGGACGGCCAAAUGGUUGCGCGAAACGCCGACUCGAGUGCCGUUUCCCGACCACAUAAACACCGUAACGGGCGUGGGUUCGCCCGGUUGGAUGAAUCGUGUAGUUAUCGGCGGUUUAUUUGCUCCGUUACUAACUGUUAGACACUAAACAUAUUAUAAAACUAAAUAUAAGAUUGCUUUUUAUAUAGUGGGCAACGAUGGAAGUUUAAUGCCAA